AUGUCGAAGGACUUAUCGAGGGGUAAAAUUUCUCCAACGCCUUCUACAGAUAGUUCCCUACAGACUUCUUCAUCUCCACAGUCGACGCCAUGCGUCGCCAGGAACCCUUUCUCAAUAGUUAGCAUCUUAAGUCGGAGUGAUCCCAAAAGGCGAUCCCCUCUCUAUGAAGAUGCACCACUACAAACGCAAACUCCGGUCACACGGCUUUACCUGGACACUCAGUUGCCGGUCUUGCGACCUCCCGCCUUCCUACCGGUAGGUCCUGUAGCCGGACAUUUAAGCCGGAAACCCACUCCAUGGUUUCCUUGGGCUCAUGCCAAUUCCUCCGCGCAAGAAGCAUCUUUAGGCUUGUGUCAGCCGGGCAGCAGUCCUCCCCUCGCCGACGACUUCCUGAACUCGGAUAGUCGCGCCUCCAGCCCUCUUUCGCCGGGCGUCGCGACGGAUGAGCGCGGGACGACGGUCGGCGGCACGGGGGCUUCCGGCGGUUGCGGCGGCGGCGGAAGCAGCAGCCCCGAUGCCGGCGACGGGAAGAAAGGCGGCGGCGGCGGCGGCGGCAAUGGCAAGAGCAACCGGCGCAAGAAAAAGACGCGGACCGUGUUCACCCGCAGCCAAGUGUUCCAGCUCGAGUCCACCUUCGACAUGAAGCGGUACUUGUCCAGCUCGGAGCGGGCUGGGCUCGCAGCUUCUCUUCACCUGACGGAGACGCAGGUCAAGAUCUGGUUCCAGAACAGGCGCAACAAGUGGAAACGGCAACUCGCCGCCGAGCUGGAAGCAGCCAACAUGGCUCAUGCUCAGCGCAUGGUGCGAGUACCUAUCCUCUACCACGACACCGGUUCCUCUUCAGUAGCGGCCACCGAGAACUCUUCCCUCAGUGUGGCCACUUAUCCGUCUCUCUACUACCACCACGCCUCUUUCGCCAACAACCAGGGAGCAGGCCGUGCACCCCUCCCGUCUCUCGUCUGAUGACGGAUUAAACUCUGCAACAUACACCAUUCUUCCCGCCCGGUUAUCUGCCACCAGAUAACUUUGCCAAAAGAACACAAAGAGAAUGCGGUUGCUUCAAUGGAUGCACCGUCAAUCUACUUCAAGUUUCCUGAAUCUUCGCCAAAGAAACUCCAAUGUUUUAAGUGAGAAAUGAAGAUAGAACACUAGCAGUUUUCUUAUGUUUCUAAGCCAUUCAUCAUGCUUAAAAGAA